AGAACACAUGAGUGGUGCUAGACUAAGUUUAUUAUAGCCACGCGAAUAAAAUGGCUCCAUCACCAGGACCUGCUGCGUUGCUUUGGCAACAAUACACCCACCUUGCGCAACAUCAGGGAAAAAGACGACUAGUGAGCACAACGGGUUCUCCUAGUACGAGUUUCCUGUUGAAAGAGAGUUGCGAUCCCGCUGGAUCGCUCGUCCGCAGUACGGUGCGUGGCCCAUCGGGGAAAGCCGAUGUCGAUUACUCUCUGUGUUACGCGCCUUCGGCGCCCCAGGACUCCCUGCAAAAUCUCAAGUGCGAGCCUGGUUCUUUUCGCGCGCGCAGUCGAAAGCUACACUGUUGCAAAGAUGCAGAAUUCAUACCUCAAGGUCGGACCAAAGGAGGGACAUCGAAAUCUACAGCAAAAACCUUUUGCGCCGAUGCCCUUGCCGACUACGCGGAUGGCAAGCUGGCGUAUUCUACUGAACCACAGAGCAUUUAUUUAUAUUUUAUUGAACAACCACUCGUCCUAAAAGGCCCUCUGGAGGCAUGAUCAGCUACUCGCAGUCGGACAUGUGCUGACGAUAAUUAGAUCUAAUAUUCCGCUGUUCAAGUAAAAAUCGUCUCAAGGGCAAGGGGAGAUAUGAGCAAUGCCUUGUGACUUUUGAAUACUUCAUGAGACACCAUCACCAACAAAAAAUUUCGUCUUUAACACUCACCAUGCAGAUAUCGUAGCGGGACUACGUGUGAGCCAGCUGAAAGCCGUGACACGGCCUGGGGCGGAUGGUUUUUCCGUAAAGGCUGUGCGGGGAACGAUAAGGACUUCCUGCAGCCGGUUUCGAUUCACGCGGAAGAUUGUCGAGGCGAGGUAGGCACCAUGAUCGUACAUCGCGAGACUCCGGGCGAACACCACUUUGAGUUUUGCCCAGCUGGCACCGCUCCAAUUGAAGGUCCUGACACGACUCCUGACGUGUCAAUGGCAACAAAGCCCUCUCUUAUGACUCGCAUGCGCAGUAUGUUUUCAGGUGUUAAGCCAACGAUACCGAAAAAAAGGCCAUGGCAUAGCUGGCAGUGUGGGUCAAAGGAGACGAAGCUCAUUGAUGAAUACUGUUGUAGCCUCAGCGGCCGGGAACGCUGUGUGGCGUCGUAUAUAGAUGCGACAGAAGUGGGGGAUCACGACGCGUGUCAGUGCAACAUGAAUCAGACACCUGCAAACGUGGGAAGAUUCUUGUGAACAGGAAAGCAUGUUGUAUAUGCAACGUCAACAACAUGAUUGAACAUGAUUACUUUUACCACCUCCAACCAUGAUGCCAUCCUGGUCGUUUUCCUUAUGAUUUACAAUAUCCCGAUCGCACUUGAUCCAGCGGCUUGCUAAGGGUUGCCAACAUGCUGCGGCAGCGUUUCCUGUUCAGGUCGGCAUUGCUCCAUAAUAAUCGAUGUCUCUCGUCAUCUACUUUAUCUUCGGCCGUCUCUUUAUUCCGGACGGGAUUAUACGACUGCGGAAAAGAUACUUUCUCGACGCCUGAAUCAGCACGCGCGAAGAUGAACCGCC